AUGUUUCUCAGGACAUUUACCAGGAUUUUAAAAAGUAGAUCAUUUUUUACUAACAGUUCUAAAUAUUAUUGCAGUAUUCAUGACAAAUAUUUUGAAUAUUUUAGAAACAAAUCUGAAUAUAAAAAUUCAGUUAUUAAUUUAGAUAGUGAUAUACUGCAAUCAAAAAUAGCUGGUCCAGGAUGUUCCUUUAUUGUUAAAGAUCAUGAUAUUCAAACAGAAGAUCAAUUCAAGCAUCUAAUUCAACGCGAAAGUGUAAUGAAACUUUCAGCCACUGAAGUUAAGGAUGUACUUUUCUUGAUGGCUAAUAUUAAAAUAGAUACAUCUAAAUAUAAUACAGUCCUAAGAUAUUUAGAUGAGAAAUGUGCUCUUAGUGUUGAAAGAUGGCCACUUGAUCUUGCUUUUUAUGUCCUUGAUGCUUGGUUCAUAAUUUGGGGACCUAAAAUGUUUAGAAGACAUUAUUAUUCCGCUAUCACAAGUCUGUGGGGAAGAAGAAUGAAAAAAUGUUCUAAAUCCAAUUUAAUACUUAUGCUGUAUUUCAUUGGAAUGAGUAAAGAAGCUCCACCUUUUCUCAUGGAAACAAUAGAAGAAAAAAUGGAAACUUUUGCAUCAGAUUUUACAGAUGAAGAAUGGGCUGUUGCAUGUCUGAGUUUUUUUAAAACAAGCAAGCGUAUGACUUCCCAGUUGCUUCUUAAAAAAUCAUGCCAAGCAGCUAAGAAUCUUCUAUUAAAAAAUGAUCGCUUCAAUGUUAUUAGCAUUCUGAAAUGCUUCCGUAAUUCUAAAUAUUAUGAUGAUGCAUUAUGGGCAUUGUUAAAAGAAUAUACUCUGAAAGAGCAUAAUACACUUAAUUUUGUUGAAUGUACUAAUUUUCUGGCUACAUUUUCUACACAAAACAUAUAUAAUUAUGAAUUGUUUAAAUGCCUUGAGAUACAAGGAAUUAUGAAUCUGAAAACUGAAAAAGAUUCUUUGACCAAAGAAGAAUAUGAAAAUUUGAAAACUCAUCCAUCACUUCGAAGUCGUGUUAAAGAUAUGGCACGCUUUCUGUGGGCCUUAGCAAAUGUUGGACAUACAAUGGAAAAUAAAACUGUGGAUUUUUUAAUUGACAAUCUAAAGCAGAGACUUGAUGUGGGUGAAUUUGAUAAGCAAAUACACAUUUUAAUUGAUUGUUUGCAAUCUUUAUCUUUGGCUGGUUAUUAUCCCAAUAAUAUUUUAUCAUUAGUAUUAAAGAUGUCUACUUUAAGAAAAAUCAAUUAUUCAAACAGAUCUAAACCCAGAUAUCAGUUAUAUUUCUUGCAAAGAAGUACUCAGAUAGAAGCACCUGAUGUAGAAAUAGAUAUGAAAAAUCUUUUUAAUCCUAUUCCUAAGAAACUAGAAACUGAUAUCAAAGAAAGAGAAGGAUUCAGUACAUUUAUGAGUAUUUUAAACCAAACUUCAAUUAAAGAUUACAAAGUUUGUUAUCUUAUGCCUCAUAUCAUGAUUUCUGGGAUAAUAUUCAGCAUGAUACCAGAUGAAGCAAAUUCACCAAAAAAUGAUUUGGUAAAAAAUUUUAAAUUAUAUGAAAAAUGUUUUACGGAAGGGAUUUUCUUGAAUCAAAUUAAAUGUCUUUUUGGAAAAGAUAGAAAUUAUAUUUGUGUUGAAAUACUGGAUCCAACUGUAUGUAAUUAUGGAAGCAAGGAACCUACUGGUUUGAUGAAAACUAAAAUUAGACAGUUGGAAAAGCUUAAUUUUAAAGUUAUUACAUUGUCAGUUGAUGAAAUAAAUAAGUUGGGAUCAAAAAAUAUAUCAAAAGAAUUGGAAGAUAUUACUAAAUUAAUUGAACUUCUGUGAUGAAGACUAUUACAUCUAAAAUUUCAUCAGUUUAAAGAAUGUUUUGAUAUUC